AUGGCGUUCGCUCGCAAGCUAGCGAUCCUCCCUGGAGGGCUAGGCGGACUUGGCUCAAGUAUUGGUAAGAAGCUGCAAAAGCAAGGUGUGCGCCUUGCUAUAUUGUAUGCUCCUUUCGAGGCUUCGCGUCGCGACCAGCUGCUUGAACAGGGAUACGGUGGAGGCUCCAACAUCGAUGAAAUUCGUACCUAUGAGUGCGAUAUCACCUCGCCCGACUCUGUUCGGUCGGCUUUUGAUUCCCUAGAGAAGGACAUGGUGGUCCCAGACUCCUCGUUUGUGAAUGAGAGAGCAUUCCCCAGUAUUCUUAUCAACACCGCUGGAUAUGUGUCUCUGAGCGAUAUGGAGAUUACUCCUCCCGAGGAGACUAUGAAGCAUCUAACGACCAAUGUCUUCGGGCCGAUGCUCUGCUCCCAGGCCUUUGCGCGGCUCUACUUUGCCGCCUCCAAGGAUGCUGAGUCUUCGACUAGCGCUCCCGCCCCCCCCCCAGGUCGGAUUGUCAACAUCUCUUCGCAAGCGGCCCAUGCAGCCCUGCACCGACAUGGUGCUUACUGUGCCUCGAAGGCUGCACUGUUAGGCCUGACACGCAGCAUGGCGUCGGAGUGGGGAGGACGUGGCAUCACUUCUAAUACCGUCUCGCCCACCGUGGCGUGGACGGUUCUUGGACAGAAGGCGUGGGGAGAAGAUUCUGUGAAAGAGGCAUUCUUGGCAACCAUUCCCACGGGCAAGUUUGCCCUUCCCGAAGAGGUUGCCGAUUCUGUCCUCUUCCUUUGUCAGGACUCGAGUAGUAUGGUCAAUGGCGCGGACAUCCGAGUUGAUGGUGGCUUUACCAUUCGUUGA